AUGGCCUCCCACCGCAUCGGCGCCCGCCUCUCGGGCCUCUCGCCAGAGCAGAUCGUCGCCUUCAUCGACGAGCAGGCGCCCCUCUGGAGCCCCGCCGCGCUGCGCGUGGCGGAGGAGCACGCCGCACGGCUCGCGGAGCAGCCCGAGUGGGUGCUCUCCGAGGUCCUCCUCUCGCCGGACCUCGCCCCGCACAUCCUCGCCCAGCUGCCGACCAAGGCGCACGCCGUCAAGGGGACGUGCCGCGCGUGGCGCCGCGGCUGGAAGGAGACGCUGAAGAAGCGCGAGAGGCCGCGCAUGGGGCCGCUAGACUACAAGAGCCUCUUCCGAAGAGCUACAUGGAAAACGGACUAG